AAGCAAGUAGCUGAAAACACAUCUGUCAAAUGACUGUCAAGAUGCAAUCGCAUUUUGUUAAGAUUAAUGAGCCGGACGAAUAUACCGGAGUAUCACAUUUUCGGUCUUUUUUAGUAUUAUUAUCUCUGCACUUAGUCUGGUUAUUUAUACUUUUGUUUCUUAACAUAUGGUUUAUUGGCGUCGAAGUGCAAGAACAGGAUAUACUGGAUGAGAAUAACAACGAGGAAGAAGAUAAUCGCACAAAUGUUUUACGUGAGCAAAGGAAUGAUCUUCUUGAAUUACAACGUCGUUAUGAUGGGAUCAACAACACUUCGAGUUCAGAUGAAUAUUCACAAUAUUCAGAUCAUUCACCUGAUACUGAGUAAGUAGUUGCAGAUUUGCCUAACGAAGAUGAUUAUCUUUUAUUUUAUAUGUAGAAAUCGAUAAUUUUCUGUUG